AUGGAGCUUGGAGAGAUUGUUGUGACUGAACAUCCUGGUGAAAGGCAGUUGUAUCCAGAACAGAAGUCAAGAGCCCAGAGUCUGCUGAGGAGAAGCACAAACUGGAUCCACCAAGUUUUUUGGUAUCUCACAGGAGAAAUGAAAGAAUAUGGAGAGUGGAUGAAAAACAAACCCUUAAUGGUUCAGCUGGUGGACUGGAUCCUGCGAGGGACCUCUCAAGUGAUGUUUGUCAACAAUCCUUUCAGUGGGCUGAUAAUCUUAGUGGGGCUUUUCAUCCAAAGCCCGUGGUGGAUGCUCACAGGCUGUACUGGAAUGAUAGUGUCAACGUUAACUGCGCUGGCCCUCAGUCAGGACAGGUCUGCCAUUGCAGCUGGUCUGCAUGGCUAUAAUGGGAUCUUGGUGGGACUGCUCAUGGCUGUCUUCUCUGACAAAGGGGAUUACUACUGGUGGCUUCUUCCUCCUGUGGCAAUUAUAUCAAUGGCCUGUCCAGUCCUGUCCAGUGCUUUGGGAUCUAUUCUCAGUAAAUGGGACCUUCCUGUUUUCACUCUGCCCUUCAACAUUGCUGUGACUUUGUACUUGGCAGCCACAGGACACUACAACCCAUUUUUCCCUACAACCCUCAUCAAACCCAUGGCAUCAGUGCCCAAUAUUACCUGGUCUGCAAUCAAUGUGCCACUGCUCUUGCAGUCCAUCCCAGUCGGUGUUGGUCAAGUGUAUGGUUGUGAAAACCCUUGGACUGGAGGCAUCAUCCUUGUUGCUUUACUUAUCUCCUCCCCACUUACGUGUUUACAUGCUGCAAUUGGAUCGGCAGUGGGGAUGUUUGCAGCACUGAGCAUCGCAACACCAUUUGACAGCAUCUAUGCUGGCUUACACAAUUACAAUUGCACCCUCGCAUGCAUUGCAAUUGGGGGCAUGUUUUAUGCUCUGACCUGGCAGACUCAUUUGCUGUCACUUGCCUGUGCAUUAUUUUGUGCUUACUCCGGAGCAGGUCUUGCUAAUGCCCUAUCUGUGCUUGGGCUGCCACUCUGCACUUGGCCAUUUUGCUUCUCUGCACUUCUCUUUCUGCUGAUUAAUCCAGACAACCCAGCUAUCUACAAAAUCCCCCUCUGCAAAGUCACCUACCCAGAAGCCAACCGGAUCUUCUACCUGAGAAUGAAGAGAAGAGCAUCAGAGAGCAGGAGAGAACAGCAGAAACAAAAGGAGCAGAAACCUUCCAUCAACUCAAAAAUAAACACAGGAGGCACCCCUCUGUGCGCUCCCAAAACCCGCCAUGCUUCAUUAUUUUAG